ACGGUAGCUGCUCUGUUGCUAGCGACUCGGUGGUCAAGGAGCCCGCAUGCGCAGUAGCUGGAGCACGGUUCCAGGCGGCGGGGCAGCAUGGCGGAGGCAGAACCCAAGCCGAAGAUCCCGCGGGUGCCGGAGAACUUGCUGAAGAAGAGGAAGGCGUAUCUGGCCAUCAAGGCCACACAGGCCAAGCAGGCGCUGCUGGACAAGAGGAAGAAUCAGAAGGGGAAACAGAUCCAAUUCAAACGUCUUGAGACAUUUGUUAGAGAUUCACGGCGCAAACACCGAGAUGAUGUCCGUCUCAGGCGCAUGGAACAGAGGCCUGGGCAAAUGGUUCUGCCCCAGGGACACAAGCUGGCCUUUGUUGUACGGAUUGCAGAGAUUAAAGGAGUGAGUUUGAGAGUACGAAGAGUCAUAGAAAUGCUACGGUUGAGGAAGAUUUUCAGUGGCAUGUUUGUUAAGCUGUGCCCAUCCUCACUGAAGAUGCUGCGGAUUGUAGAGCCGUAUGUGGCAUGGGGGUAUCCUAAUCUGAAAUCUAUACGAGAACUCAUCCUGAAACGAGGUCAAGCAAAGAUCAAUAAGAAGAAAGUUCCUUUAACAGACAACACUGUAAUAGAGGAGCACUUAGGAAAGUUUGGCCUUAUAUGCCUGGAAGAUCUCAUUCAUGAAAUCUACUCAGCUGGUCAGCAUUUUCGAGAAGUUAAUAACUUUCUGUGGCCAUUUUAUCUUUCGGUGGCUCGCCAUGCCGCACGUAACAGAGUGGGUUUCCUAAAGGAGAUAGGCUCGACAGGUUGCCGAGGCGAAGGAAUUAAUGAACUUAUACGUCACCUGAACUAAUUGGGAUUUAUCUGAAGGUGUUUUGAUGGCUCUUUUCUUCCCUAUGUACAUCUCUUCUUGCUCCUGGAACUACUCUACAUAAUAUUACAAUUUUUUUCUGGAAAGUGCAUGGAGGAUGGAGAUGAACUCAAUACUGAGCCUUCUACCAGGAAAAAGUGAAAUUUGCUGUCAAAUGCAAAAAAGGAGUGACUUGCUGUUGCUGGAAGCAGUGCUUUCUUCAAUCUCAUUACUAAAACAAACACACUUUUACUGUUCGUUUUGUAUCAGCUGCCUUCUGAGGGUUCCAUUUUCUUUGGAAUGCCCUUGCAUGGGUUUAUAUUCUUGUUACAUAUAAAUGAUUGGUGGCUUGCAUCUGAGUAUCUUGUGAUACAACCUUCCCAAACAGAAUCAGUUUCUCUAGUGAUGCUGUACUUGCUGUAGAAGUAUGCUUCACUCCUUGGUAUCCCAGUUGCUUGCUAAGACUUGUAUCUGUCCUGGUACGCAGUGAAGGCUGAGAAGCACAGUGUUUCUCAGACUGUUGCCGUUCAAGCCCCCAGGAUAAAACAGUCUUCGUAGAUGGUUCUUGAAUUUUUGAAAUACCCAGAUCAUAUUGAAGUGGAAUCUCUGCUAAUGGACUAUGGGAUGGCUUUCAGAUUCUGCCAAAUUCGGACUUCAAAGGACUCAAGUUUUCCUUUUAGGGAAAUAAAGUUGACUACCAGUUUAGUACUAAUAUAAAGAGAAUAUAUGGACUGUCUCAUUCAGAUUUCAAAUAAAUAUAUUUUUAAAUCAAACUCUAGAUUAUUGAAGGAAUGUCUAUACACAGCAAAUUAUUAAUUUAGAAAGGCAGAUUUCUGCAGUGAAACUGAGCAGCUGCUCAUGUUAAACUAGGGAGUUUGAUGUCCCUUAACCUAGAUAGUAAUGGCACAGAAAAUAGAAUGGUUCACUGACUACUGUGUAAAAUUAAAGUGGGGUUACAUUAGUUGGAGAGGAUUAUCUUUGCUGACUAUUGUAGACAUUGAAUUCCAUAGUUAACGUAGCAAAGGAAGCUCUGAGUCUGGCUUGCUAAUCUCGCCUAGUAUUAAUAGAAGGAGGUGAAAAGUCCUGCUGUAUUUCUGUAAAAAUGUUUUUUUCUCAUGUAACUUCAGCAUUAACUGUUGCGUGGAUAAUUUUUGCCAUGAGUUGAAACCAGAGUUUAGGUUUUAGUGAAUUUGAGAUGCU